AACGCUUAACAAAAAGCCUGAUGAGAAGAGAAGGAGGAGGCUACCAGCCGAGGGGGGUAGCCGAUUCCCGGACAGGAUUUUCUGUUCUUGUCGUCCGAAUUAUUAAAUCGUGACGGCGGCGAAUAAAAACAAAAAUAAAAGCAUCAUAAAACAUGGUGCUCACGCCCAGAGGAGCUCUUCUAUCGAGCAUGUGAGUGUGGACAGGUUUCCCACUGCCGCCUCUUCGGGGGAUUCUGCUGUCUAGUCCGUCCUGACCCGCGACACCGCCAGGCGAUGACAGCGGCUACAGCCACUCCGCAGGUGAUGAGAGACCGGCUGCUACAGGCCAUCGACGGCCAGAGCAAUCAGAUAUGCAACAUGGUGGUAGUUAUGGAGGUGAUCUCCUAUUUGGAGAAACAUCCUAUCACCAAAGAGGCACUGGAGGAAACCCGUCUUGGCAAGCUCAUCAACGAUGUCCGGAAGAGAACCAAGAAUGAGGACCUUGCAAAAAGGGCCAAGAAGCUCCUGCGAAACUGGCAGAAGCUCAUUGAGCCGGGGAAGGGUGAAAUGUUGUCCAAAGGACACACCGGUGCAUCAUGGUCUUCCAGUGGUGGUGCUCAUCCCUGCAUCGCCAUUCCAGCUGCCACCACACCAUCAGGUAAAACAGGCGCAGAGUUGAAGAACAGAAAUGACUUCAACAACUGCUACUCCUCGAGGCUGGAGAAACCAAGCAAAAGGAAACGUAAGGGUGACCAGAAGGAAGGACAGCUCUUACCAGCCAAGAUAUCCAAAACUACUCUUACUGAUAAAAUGCAUAACUCCAAACCGCUGCCAACCAAUGGAAUAGGCGGUAGCUCUGAAUUUUUUACAGAUACUUGUGCAAAUCAGCCUUUAGACAGGGAGAUUUCUGAGCCAUUGGAUAAUGACAGGCUAAUUAAAAUCCCAGUCAAUGCUGUAAAACCUCAUCCAAGUGCCCUGGGAUACAGCAAACCUCCUAGCACUUCUUCUUUGCUAAAAGCAUCAGUUCUGCAGCAGCAAGCCAGACAAGAGCAAGCUGUCUCUGGGGGGCAGUAUCGACCCAGAAGCCCACGCGGUUCUGUGGACAGUCCUCAAACCCCAAAGCAGGAAGCUGGUGUCAAACCAACUACAUCACAAGCACAAGGUCUUUCUAGCCCCACUGUGAGGCCUGGGUCUGUGGACACCUUUGGGCUGGGCCCUUCCACUCAGCCUUUCAAUGGUGGUGUUCAGGGUUUGCACACAGACAGUUCAGAUUUGGAUUCUCAAAGCAGGCCUCCCAUUAUGUCUCUUCACAACUCGUAUGCUUCCUGCUGCAGUGACGUGGCCAGUUUGGAAGAUGAUGGUGCUGUUGGCAGAACAGAGAAAAGGAAAAGACAGAAAUACAGGCCUAAGGACCAUGUGGUAAAUUUAGAGGGACAGACUGUAGAAGACGGCACUAAACCAGUCAGGUUAAAAGACAGAAGACUUACAUUUGACCCUGUAACAGGACAGAUCAAAUCCUCCUUUCAUAAGGAGUCUUGCCAUGAGGGUGAGGUCAAACUAGGCCACAGACCUGAAUCUCAGUUGUCAGAACAGCCGAAGCAGAAUCCACCGGUUCCUCCCAGUCCCUUCCAGCAGACAGACUGGAAAGCGCUGUCGAGGAGUGAAAUAAUCCAGUCGUACCUUAGCCAGCAAUGCAACGUGCUGACAUCGUCAGGCGCCCACACCCCUGGUGCACACUUUUUCAUGACCGAGUUCUUGAAAAAAGAAGACCACCGAAGUACAGAUGUCAAGAAAACACACGUGUUGGCACCAGAACUCCCAGCAAGGGAUUUACCGGGGGUUAGCAGAGAGAUCAUCAAUGAAGAUCUGAACAGAUUACACAAGCAACACUGGUCCGGGGUUAACGGUUGCUAUGACACAAAGGGUAGUUGGUAUGACUGGACCGAGUGCAUCUCCUUAGACCCGCAUGGAGAUGAGAGCAGGUUAAACAUACUGCCUUACGUCUGUCUGGAUUAAAAUCUGAGGUUGGGUUUCUGAAUUGGAAGUUGUAAGCUGCCUUCAUCGUACAGUGGAGCAACUCUGCGUGUAUGAAGGCACUUUAAGUGUAAGUUGCUGAUUUGCACCGUUGGUGAAAUUGGAGUCAAUGUGCUGCCUGCUUUGUUAUGUGUGUGGAGCACAGAGGGUGUAAUCAGUGUUUUAAUGAGUUUUUUUAACAUUGUGUGAAGACAGCGUUAAGUAAAGAGGCUAUGCAUUAUCUGACCAUUUAGUUGUUGGUGUUCAGUAACUGUACAGAUUUAAGUUCCCAAUACCUGCCAUUCUUUGAAUGGGAGAUUACAUUAAACUGCCCAGCUACGUUUUAUUCGUCUUAAGUUAUCCACAUGCCUUGUGGAAUGUGACUUUUCUGCAUCCACUCACAUUUAGUCCAUAGUGCAGUAUUUUUUUCAUUUAAAGUUUAGUUCAAGUUUGUGUUUAAAAAACAAACAUGAUUUAAUCAACUGUAUCAUCUUGCAACAGCGAAUAGUAAGCCACCUAAUUGAAGCAGACAUCCUGCAUCUUGAAGGCUGUUUAGAUGAGCUGAAACUAAUGCUAUUUUCAAGUAGCUAUCGUCAUUACCAUUUGUAUUAACCAUCAACUGCUGUGAAAAAACAUUUGUAAUUGCACCUUUUAGAACCGCUGUUCCCUCAUUUCACAACUGUCUCAUGCAGUGACUUUUAGCAGAAAUAAUAACUGACAAAUCAGCUUUAAAACAUUUGAAAAUUUUUCUUGUGUUGUGAGGUUUGAAUGCUGUUAAAGUGACAUGAAACUGCCAGAUGUGACAGUUAGGGGUGAAUGAAAGGCUGGUAUGGGGGUUGCACAAUGCACGCUGAUAAAGAAAUGUGACUGUCAUGUAUGAUAUUUAUUUACAUAUUCAUUUUAAGAUUUAUAUACACGUUCAGACUACACAAUAUUUUUUUUCUUUUUUUAUUUAUUCAGAAUUGGUUCAGUGUUGAGCAACAGUCCAACCUUUUUCCUGCUGAUACACCAACCUACCUUACACAGGAAAACUCUCAAAUGACACAUUCUGAUAAUGUGAACUUAUUUUAUACUUGCCUUUUCCCUUUACUGUGUAUUAAGGCUGUAAAAUAUGAAAUGGCAGAGCAGAUCAUGCUACUAGCUUGCAUCUUUGUACUGUCAGGAAGAACUGAGAUGUAAAUUGACAUGCUGGAUAAAGUACUUAAUAUCAUUCCUGUAGAUAUUGUUUGCCUUAUGGAAACCUGUGUUUUCCCUAAAGACAGAGCCUUAGUGAAUGUACAGAAAUUAGCCUUUUGUGUUCAGUUGAAUGCAGAAGAAAACAUAUUUGCUACUUAGUCCUUUUAAGUGGACAUGUUGAUAUGUGUUAAUAAAAAAACUGAAGGAAU